GCCACCGCCGGCCCGGCACGGAGAGGAACCGAAACCUUGGGGCCGAGCCGCUGGCCAAAAUGGGGUGCCGGAGGCGGCGAGGGGUGUGCCGGGCUGCGUGCCGGGGGCUUUAGCUCCCCCCUGGGCGCCUGCGCGGCCGCUCGCCCCGGCCAAGCAUGGCCCAGCAAGAGACCUACGGCAACUGGCUGGGCCCCCCGCCGCUCCCUGCCAAGCGGCUGGUGAGACAAGCAGGAAUUUACUCCGUUGCUGGGAAGAUGACACCCCCGGGUGACUUCAGGCCGGCAUCCCCAGACAGCUUUGCCGAUGAGGAUGACUACGAUGACGUGUCUGUGUCGGAGUCGGAGCGCAAGCCACCAGCAUCCGAUGAAGAUCUGCGGAGCCAGAGGAGCAAAGGAGGCACAGGGGUUUACAUCCUGGCGGGGAAACCGGCGUCUCCAAAUCCUUCCCGGACAGCCGACCCGGAGGCUGGCCGGGGCCCCAGGCAGACGUCGGUGGCCGUCCUCUACGUCUUGAUGGCUCUGAGCUUUGUCGCGUGGGCGCUGCUCCUCACGCUGGUCUUGGUGAAACAAGUGGAAAUCACGACGGAGUUGGAGCUCUUGAAGUCGAACCAGUCCGAGACCCAAGUUAACAUGCUGCAGGAGAUGUCGGAGGCACGGCAGGAGCAGAUGAGGGUGCGGAGCGGGAUGCGCAGGUACUACAAGGAGCUGCAGGACGUCGCAGCGUUGAUCUGCCAUAACCUCCCGAACAAACAGUGCUUGGCUGGCUGGAAGAUCUUCGAGGGGAGCUGCUACUACUUCUCGACGGAGGUGAUGAGCUGGUCGGCUGCGAAGGAGACCUGCAUCGACCAAGAUGCUCACCUGGUCAUUAUCGAAACGGAGCUGGAGCAGGAGUUCCUGAAGGACAACGUGAACAGCAGCAACGUCUACUGGAUGGGAGUGACGUAUAAACCGGAGGAAGGUGACUGGUUCUGGAUGAAUGGCAAACCUUUAAGUGUGAGCUACUGGGACACUUGGAGCCAGAACAGCAACAGGGACAAGGACAGCUGUGGCACCAUGCGGCCCAGCGGCAUCUGGUUCAACGAGCACUGCUCCCGCUCCAACCACUGGAUUUGUGAAAAGUCCUGGACAUGCUGACUUUAGCAUUUUUUUUUUCCCCUGUUUUCAGACAAUUUCCAAUAUGCAAGUAGAAAAACACAUUUUAAACUUCACUCUCAGGAGCUGGACAAAAUCCCAAAGCUCUGGGGGGACCAGGCUCACCCUGAUGGCUCCAGGCUCCUGUUCCUUGCCUGCACAAAUCCCUAAAUCCAGUGAAAUCUCUGCAACCAUGAGCCUUGCGAGUCUGACCCGCGAAAUACCAAAAAGAAAAGGGUGGGUUUGGUUAAAAAAAAGCCACUGUGGAAAGGUAAAAACCCACUCACCGGCACAAAACCAGUCCCGUUUCUCCACAUGGCUGAAUUUCUCCUUUUUCACCCUAGCUCCAGUACUGCAUCGUGGUUUCUGCUUAACUCUCAGAAAAGAAAAUUUCUGGAAAAAUCCUUCCACCCCCCCUCACUUUUAAAUCCUUUUUCCUGCAUUUAUCCUUCCCUUCCUGCAGCCCCCAGCCCCCACCUCUGCCCUGCUCUAGCCCCACAUCCAACCCUCUCCAACCCGAAUUCUUCUCAAAACCCUAAUUUCACUCACUUGCACAUUUCUGAAUUCAGCACAUUAUCACCCAAUAAAUAUAUAUAUAUUUUGUAAAGAAA